UUUGCAUGGUGGCUCUGACUGGUCGAGAGCGGCGCGCCAAACGUCACGUGGCUUUGCUUUUCGCGCGAAAGUGUCCUCUGUUGUCGAGAGAGGAGCGUGCUGAACGAACCGGGGAAGAGACCAGCAGAAACUUUCCCAGUUUGUGUUUUUUUCCCCCACAACUCUUUUGACUGCAGUUUGACGGUGUAGCAUCAUGGAUGUGGCCACAGCAACCGCGGAGACUGCCGGGGCGACCGUGAAGGACGAGCUGGCUGAAAAAUGUCAGAAGUUAUUCCAGGCCUUCUUAGAGGAGUUUCAGACCGGGGACGGGGAGGUGAAGUAUGUCCGGGAGACCGAGGAGCUCAUCAGGCCCGAGAGAAACACUCUUCUGGUGAGCUUCAUAGACCUGGACUGCUUCAAUCAGGAGCUGGCCACCACCAUCCAGGAGGAGUACUACAGAGUGUAUCCCUUCCUUUGCCGGGCUGUUUGCAACGUUGCUCGGGAUCAUGGGAAUGUCCCUCUCAACAAGGAGUUCUACGUUGCUUUUGAAGAUCUUCCCACCAGACACAAGAUCCGUGAGUUGUCCUCCAUGCGUAUUGGCACCCUGGUGAAGAUCAGUGGUCAGGUGGUGAGGACACACCCAGUCCACCCUGAGCUGGUGAGCGGCACCUUCCUGUGCAUGGACUGCCAGGCGGUGAUCAAAGAUGCCCCUCAGCAGUUCAAAUACUCCCCACCAACCAUCUGCAGGAACCCUGUCUGCAACAACCGCUCCCGCUUCCAUCUCGACACGCACAAAUCCAAGUUCGUCGAUUUCCAGAAGGUGCGGAUCCAGGAGACUCAGGCAGAGCUGCCUCGAGGAUCAAUCCCACGUUCGCUAGAGAUCAUCCUGAGGGCGGAAGCCGUGGAGACGGCUCAGGCCGGAGACCGCUGUGACUUCACAGGAACCCUCAUCGUCGUGCCAGACGUCUCCCAGCUCAGCACUCCUGGCUUGCGAGCAGAGACCAGCACUCGUGUUCCUGGAGGUCCCCAGGGCUCUGAGUCUGAAGGUCUGAGAGGACUGAAAGCUUUGGGUGUGAGAGAGCUGUCAUACAGACUGGCCUUCCUGGCAUGUAACGUGGCCCCAACUAACCCACGUUUCGGAGGGAAAGAGCUGCGCGACGAGGAGCAAACGGCUGAAAGCAUCAAGAGCCAGAUGACAGAGAAGGAGUGGGAGAAAGUGUUUGAGAUGAGCCAGGACAAGAAUCUGUACCAUAACCUCUGUACCAGCCUUUUCCCCACCAUCCACGGUAACGACGAGGUGAAGCGCGGCAUCCUACUCAUGCUGUUCGGAGGUGUUCCCAAGACGACCAUGGAGGGAACCUCUCUGAGGGGAGACGUCAACGUCUGCAUCGUUGGAGACCCAAGUACCGCGAAGAGCCAGUUCCUCAAGCACGUGGAGGAGUUCUGUCCCAGAGCAGUGUACACCAGCGGCAAGGCCAGCACCGCUGCAGGUCUGACAGCAGCUGUGGUCCGCGACGAGGAGUCCCAUGAGUUCGUCAUCGAAGCUGGAGCCCUGAUGCUGGCAGACAACGGCGUGUGCUGCAUCGAUGAGUUUGACAAGAUGGACCUCAAGGAUCAGGUGGCCAUCCACGAAGCCAUGGAGCAGCAGACCAUCAGCAUCACCAAGGCUGGAGUCAAGGCCACCCUGAACGCACGCACCUCCAUCCUGGCUGCUGCCAACCCCGUCAGCGGGCGCUACGACCGCAGCAAGAGUCUGAAACAAAACGUCAACCUGACCGCCCCCAUCAUGAGCCGCUUCGACCUCUUCUUCAUCCUGGUGGACGAAUGCAAUGAGGUCACGGAUUAUGCCAUCGCCAGACGCAUUGUGGACCUGCACUCCCGUGUGGAGGAGUCUGUGGACAGACUGUACUCUCUGGAUGAGAUCCGCAGAUACCUGCUCUUCGCCCGGCAGUUUAAGCCUAAGAUCUCCAGUGAAUCAGAGGAGUUCAUCGUGGAGCAGUACAAGCGUCUCCGUCAGCGCGACGGCUCUGGGAGCGUGUCCAAAUCUUCCUGGAGGAUAACGGUGCGACAGCUGGAGAGCAUGAUCCGCCUUUCAGAGGCCAUGGCACGCAUGCACUGCUGUGAUGAGGUGCAGCCUAAACAUGUGAAGGAAGCUUUCCGUCUUCUGAACAAAUCCAUCAUCAGGGUGGAGACUCCUGACAUCAACCUGGAGCAGGAGGAAGAACUGGAGGAGGAGCAGCAGGAGGAGGAUGGCAACAAUGUCCCAAAUGGAGUGAACGGCCAUGUUGAUGGUGUGAACGGUCACCCGGACAACGGCGGCCAGCCCAAGCCAUCUCUCCGUCUGUCCUUUGCCGAGUACAAGCGCAUCUCCAACCUGCUGGUGCUGCAUCUGCGCAGAGCAGAGGAUGCUGAAGAAGAGGAGGAGUUGAGGAAAACAGCAGUGGUUAACUGGUAUCUCACGGAGAUCGAGUCAGAGAUAGAUUCUGAGGAAGAGCUCAUCAACAGGAAGGGGCUGAUAGAGAAGGUCAUCGACCGGCUGGUCCACUAUGACCACAUCCUGAUCGAGCUGUCUCAGGCAGGGCUGAAGGGUUCAGAGUCGGAGAGCUCAGAGGGAGACGUUGUUCUGGUCGUCAACCCCAACUACAUCUUGGAGGACUGAACAACCUCUUCAAGCAAACACGAUUAACGUGUUUUACGGAUGCUCACAUGUGCCACACGUAUCCCAGAAAGGUUCCAGAUGAUGUUAGACUGUUUGAGUUGAUCUCUGAUGUACAAAGACCAAAAUUUGACUCGUGACACAGUAAAAUGUAAAUAUGCUGCUGCUGGUUUCGUCAGUUAAACUUUUCUGAACUGUGCAAACUGCUCAUUUUGUUGCAGAACUGUAUAAUAGACAAACACCAAUGCUUAAACUAGUUUUCGAGCUGUAUUAUUGUAAGAUUGUAACAUGAAGAGAAUAGGGGAAUGUUGGUUGAAGUAAUAAAACUGUUUUGUUAAACACA